AUGGCUUCCACCGUCAACUCUGUGUCAGCUGCCAGCAAUGCUUCUGGAAAUACUGUCAAUGCAUCUUCGCAGAAUCCUACUGGCAGACCGUCUUUAAGGACUACAAGCUCUAAGAUAUCGGAUGGUGGUCGGCGGCAAUCCGGAAGCCCUUUCGAUGGCGGUGCUAGACGCAGCAAUUCCCAGAAGGCUUGGACACAGGGCACAAAUCCAAUCACCCAGAGAUCCUCGUAUUCACCUCACAACGGAAACAUGACUCCCAAACCUUCCAUAUCUCCCAAACCCACUUCGAGAGAAUCGAACACGCCCGAUCAGCAUGCUCAUGACCGCCUCAUCUUUCUGCUCACUAGCUUCAUUGGACUUGAUGCUACUAUCACUACAAGAAGCGGAGAGAGAUUCACUGGGAUUUUCUCUUCCUCCUCCAUCGAACCUCACGACUCUUCCAUUCUUCUCAAGAUGGUCCAACGGCCGGCAAAACAAGAUCAUCAACGCGCCAAUGGUGUGAGCGAUGUCGUCAGCCCUUUUCUGGGCACGGCGCCAGAUCACAGCAUGUCUUUUGAUGUCAAGGAUGUGGUCGAUAUUGCCGUGUCCAAUGUUUCGACUGCGGAAGUCACAGCCAAGGCGCCCAAUGGUGCUUCAAGUGGCUUCAAGACGGAUACCGAUAUUUCAGGAAACUUCGCGAUGCGUGAACGAACUCUGAAACGAUGGGAGCCUGCAGCUGACACCGAGGUUGACAUGUCCCUUGAAGGUACAAACGAUACGACCGGAUGGGAUCAAUUCGAGACCAACGAAAGGCUGUUUGGCGCCACUAGCAGCUAUGACGAGCAUAUUUACACCACUCGAAUAGACCGUUCCGAUCCUUCAUACAAACAAAGAGAGGCACAGGCAGCUCGUAUCGCUCGUGAGAUCGAGGGUACCAAUGUUGACAACGUUCAUGUCAGGGAGGAAAGAGGCUUGGUUCCGGUCGACGACAGUGGGUUGGACGAGGAAGACAAAUAUAGCGGCGUCCGCCGCGAUGAGAAGAGCUUUCCGCCGCUUGUUUCAGGGCAGCCGAACAAAUACACUCCGCCGGCACGCCGACAAGCCGCUGCGCAGCCCGCUGCUCAGCCUGUUGCGAUCCCCGAGGCCAGUUCUACUGUGAAACAGACAGUUGCGACCCCGAAAGAUGCAGCUCCGGCUCCGGCUCCCGUCCAGUCCAAGGAAACAGUCAAGACUCAACCAAGGUCGAAUGCAAUGGCGACCGCGACGGUCGCUGAAUCGGAACAAAAGUCAGUUCCACUCAAAGCUACCUCAUCUGUCCCGUCAGCUCCAAAACGGCCUGCGGCUGAGAAUGCUUCUGCAAAUGUGGAAGCUGAGGUUCUAGACCAUUUCCGUCAGUUUGCCAACAGUGAGAAACUAAAAUUGCAAGAGCGGCGCCGUAACCAGGCAUCAUAUGACCGGACGGUGAAGCUGAACGAGUUGAUGAAAUUUUCAAAGAACUUCAAGCUUGCUACACCUGUCCCUAAGGACCUGGUACCUAUUCUUGCGAAGGACCCACAGAAGCAGGAGGAAAUUAUUCAGAGAGCUCAGCAACAGGCCGAGGAAAAGUCAGCCUCAAAGCCUGCCUCAGCAGUUACCGAGCAGAAGCCUACGGCUCGUGUCAGUGGAACAGUGCAGACCACAACGCAGCCCGAUCGCCCCAAUUAUCCUCGCGGUCGCCAGAUGUACCCUCCCACCGGCCCGCAGGCUGGACCCGCUGGGCGGCUCCCACACCAAGGAAUGCACCCAGGUCGUCCGGGCACUGGUAUGCUCAGUCACCGACUGGCUGAUAACCUGCAACAGCGGAAGGGAGCAGCAAUGGCGCCUGUGCCCACGCCGUUGCCGAUCCAGGACGUUCGCAUUCCUCCUAGUGGCCCUGCGGCAGAUCACCCUGGCGUAUCCAGCCCGAUUAAGACGCAGACGCCUACCUCUGCUGUUUCAAGCAAGUUCAACGUGAAAGCACUGGAAUUCAAGCCAAAUCCGGCUGCGAGUACCUUUACCCCCGGCGCCUCGUCCAGCUCAUCCCCAUUUGUUAGGGGCCGCUCUGUCUCCCGCGUUACAAGCCCUUCUGUCUUCUUUGGUGCGAAGAAGCCACGGCCAAUCUCUGAACGACCGUCAAUCAAUGACCAGUUCAAUCCUAUUAAGCGCAUGAAGAGGGAGAGCGCGGAGCAAUCCGAUAAGGCCUAUAAUUUCAACGGAGGCAUUCCCCCGGCUUACAAGACCCUUCCUACCUGGGAUGUAGCUCCGGCCAACGAGGACAAGACUUAUGUCCAGAUGUUCAAGCAGCCCGGUGCUAUGCCAUCCAUUUCUCCUCAAAGCCGAUCUUCUUCCACUCCUCAAGUUCCUCACCAGCCCCAGCUGCCUUUCCAAUUUCAACAAUCGACCCCGGGAAUGCCUCCUACCUCCGGCCCUCCUCAUGGUCCUCACAACCUGCACCCUCAACAGCAUCAUGGUUCUGGCCCAGGCCAUUUUGAGGAUCAUCACCGUAUGCAGAUGUCGGCAUCGACAUCUCAGAUCUUCCCUUCACCGAGAUUGCAACACGGGUACCCAUCUCCUAUGGCUCCGCAUGCCCAGCUUGCGUUUGGGCAGCCGGUCCCACAGUUCUAUGUGAACCAAGGAGGUCCGCAACCAGCCCAUCUCAGGCAUUUUCCGGGAGCACCUCAGUUUGUCAACCCUCAGACAGGCAUGGGUGCCCCGAUGAUGGUGCAGCAGCCCUCGAGCGGGCCAUACAUGGGCGGUCCGCAGGGCAUGACGCCCUAUGCUCCUCAGAUGCAGAUGUAUUCUCCAAACCCAGGUCAUGCAUACCCUCAGCACGCACCUCCUCCGCAACCCCACAGUGGCUACCCAAGCCCUAGCCGCGGUGCCCCCAUGAUGAUGCAUCAGAAUUCCCAGCCAGGGCAACCCCCUCAGCCGGUCAUGUUCAUGUCACCGGGACAACAUGGUCAGCCCGUGUACGCUACUCAACAGCCAGGUCAUAUGCCUCCCGUUCGUGGUAAUUAUCCUCAGCAGCAACCGCACUUCCAGUCUAGUCCUCAUCAGAGCCAUCAUUAUCCACCUCAUCAACAUCGAACCCCGAGCAGCGGAUUUAACCAGAUGCCUCAGAUGCCACCUCAAGUGUCUUCUCAGCCGCCUUCGGCUGUAUCCUCUAACCCCCAACCUGAGGCUACAGAUGAAGUGAAAUGA